AUGGCGCUUUCCCAGAGAUCAGCGCAAGCCUUGUGUCGUCUCCGCCAGUACACACCGCCGGCGACGCAAUGGCACAACUGUCCCCUUACCCGACGCGCUGCGGUACUCAUCCUGCUCUUCCCCGAUAGCCAUGGCGAGCUCAAGGUGGUGCUUACGGUGCGGAGUGCGCAGCUUCGGAAUUAUUCGGGACAAGUUGCACUGCCCGGCGGUAAAUCAGAUACGCUGGAGGAAUCACCUUGGGAAGUCGCCCGCCGCGAGGCUUACGAAGAGAUUGGACUUCCGUUGGAUGAAGCAAAACUUCGGGGCUUCAAGUUAGAGCAUCUCUGCGAGCUGCCUACCAAUUUGGCGAAGACGGAACUUGGAGUGCGACCUUGCGUUGCUUUUCUUGGCCCGGACAGUGGGUCGUCGAUCAACCCUGCUUCUUCUGAGGUUAGCAAUGCCUCUGUGGAAGAGACGCUCAUACCUCGCCUCGAUCCCAAGGAAGUAGCCGCCGUUUUUACUGCACCAUUUCAUAAUUUCCUGCGAAAAGAAUGGGAGGGCAACGGCCCAGCGCCCGUGCAAAAAGACGGUAGGCCAGAGAAGUGGUAUAGGGGUGCUUGGACAGACUGGCACGAAUCACGCUGGAGGAUGCAUAACUUCUAUAUGCCAAGAAUUCCGCAUUCGCCCUCAGUGUUGCGCAAGCCGUCGCAAUCCGCAGAACCUUUGGCCGACAACAUGGAACCUUCUGGGGGGGAUGCUCGACCUGCGCCUACAGCAAUUGACAGUCUGAGCACGUUCAGGAUAUUUGGAAUGACAGCUAGGAUCCUAGUCGAUGCAGCACGUGUCGCGUAUGGUGAAGAGCCCGAAUUCGAGCAUAACAGUCAUCAUGGAGACGAAGAAAUGAUAGCAAACCUUUUGAAAAUGGGCCGGCUGAGUGAGCAAAAGAAACCGGGCGAGAUGCUGACCAAGCAGGUACUUCGCGAGGCGAGUAAGAUGUAG